AUGUCAAAUUUCACUGAAUCUUCUUCUUGUCCUCCUAUUGUGACGGUUCAUACUGAAUCGUCCACCAACCUACCUAUGGAAUUCAAAUUGAAUGGAUCCAACCAUGAGAUAUGGGCUUCGAUGAUUGAACUUCAUGCUACUACACAAGGCAAAUUGGGUUACUUGACUGGCGACACUGAUGCCCUUGAUUCCCAAGAACUGAAAUUUGGGAAGUGGAAAAUUACUGAUGCUGUUUUCUAUGAACUGCGGUGCCAGGCUACUAGUCUCAAGCAAGAGGGUCGUCCUGUCUCAACCUAUUUUGCAGAACUUAAGGCAAUCUGGCUUGAAUUAGACAAGAGACAUCCUUUUCAGAUGAAGUGUGCUGAUGAUAUGAAGACUUUUCAGGCUGGUCUUAUGGCAGAUCGUGUGUAUGAUUUUUUGGCUUCCCUUGACGAUACUUAUGACAAGGUUCGCAGUGAUAUUCUAUGGAGUGAUAAAGUUUCAAGUUUCUCGGCCUAUAGGGCCGGCUCUUCUGCUGUUCCACCUCAUCGCCUGACUUCUGCAGAAAAAGACAAACUGAAGUGUGAUCACUGUGGUGAAAAGAGACAUACUAUCGACACAUGCUGGGCAUUGCAUGGGGUACCAGAUUGGAAGAAGGAGCGAAGGCGUUCAAAAAGGGAACAAUUGGAUAGCAAAGCUCAUGUGGCUGUUGCCCCCACUUCUGUGGCUGACAUCACCACUGGGCACGGCCACCUUACUACUACUUCUCAUUCGACUUUGACCGCGGCCUCAAGCACUCCAACAACUCUACCUCCAGGUAACUUUGGCAAAGCUUUCCAUGCUGAUGAUACCCGCGAUACAGAUUGGAUUUUUGAUUUAGGAGCUGCUGUCCAUGUGACGUAUAAUUUUGCUUUAUUCUCUACUACUCUUUCGCCUCAUCGUGAUCAUGUUUUGACUACUAAUAAUGUUGCUGCUCCUAUCACGGGGGCUGGUUCUAUACUCUUGACACCUGCUUUACCAUUGGCUAAAGAUAUCCAGACUCGGGAGAUUUUUGGUCGUGGUACUAAAAAGGAGGGGCUUUAUUAUAUGGAUGAUGUGGUAACUAGUCAGGUUCUUCGUGCUGAUAGCACCGAAACUUCUCAGAUUUGCCGGAUUUGGAUGCUACAUUGCCGAUUUGGUGUACUCCAAGAGACUACUUGCCUUCAAACACCACAACAGAAUGGGCUUGCUGAAAGUAAAAAUGGGCAGAUCCUUGCUGCUGCCGGUGCUCCGUUGCUUGGUGCGUCAGUUCCAAAGCAGUUAUGGAUGGAUGUUGUUACCUGUGCAGUCUAUCUCUUGAAUCGUCUCCCUUCACGAAUUUUGGAUAUCCAAACUCCUAUGCAGGUACUAAACCAUCAUAUCUAUGCCUCUUCUAUGCUGACUCUGUCUCCAAAGGUGUUUGAUUGCGUCGUCUAUGUUCACCUCCAUCAGAAUCAGAGGAGUAAACUGGACCCAUAUGCUCUCCGCUGUGUCUUUCUAGAUUUCUCUCCUCAUCAGAAAGGCUAUUGA